AUGAUCGGUAACAUGACAGUGAUUGGUGAUUACAUUCAACUUGGCAACGAGUCAUCUACAAACAUGGCGAAUAAUUAUAUAUUCUCGAGUGGAGUAUACAUCGCUGCCAAGUCAUUCAACUUCCAAGGACUGGUUGCUGGUCUCGACUUUUUCAACAGUUACCUCCCAAAGUACACCCGACCAUUAUUCAUCGCCACUGGUGAAUCAAAAGAUAUCAGAUGUAACUGCUCAAUGACAGGAUUACUAGGAUUCUCUGGCAACCUGUUCAUGCUUCCCACCUCUGUAUAUCAAUUCAACAUCUUUGUAGACUACUACUACCCCUACCACCCAGAGUACACUUAUAAUAGUAUAAUGAUCAAUGGACGAGUGACACUCCAGGGUCGUCUAGAUAUUCCAGAAUACGACCUCAAAUAUGAAGACUAUGGUAGACCAAUCGUCAUACUGUCUGCCACAUCUAUAGUUGGCAACUACACACUUGGCAACUAUCCCAACUAUCGAUCAUAUAGCAAGCCUAUUUUGACAACAUAUACCAACCAAAUCACAUUGACCAUUGAUAAUAUUCAAAGCAGGGCACCAACAACACAAUGGAACAAAGUACUGCUCUGCAUCACAUUGUUGUUGUCCAUGGUCAUCAUCAAUUUAAUAUGA